AUGGAUUUUCUUUCAUUCGAUGAUGAUAAUAAUCUUCCCAUCCUUAUCUCUUCAGGAAGAAUUCUUGCAAUGCCUUCAGAGUGCACAGCUAAUCCAUUGCAACGCGCAUUGGCCGAUUCGAUCAUUCGAAUGGUGUCAUUGGAUGAGUUGCGGAUCUUAUUUGCAUGUGGUGCAAAGGUGAAUGAACCAGUGACACAAGGUCUUUGUGCCAUGCACUACGCCGUCUGGCAAAAGAACAUCGCAGCUAUCAAUCUUUUGUUGGUACGUGGUGCCGACAUUAAUAAAAUUGAUGACUGUGGUUACUCCGCAUUACAUUUAGCUGCUGAACAUGGAUAUUAUGAGAUUUGUAAAAUACUUCUUGAUGCUGGAGCGAAGGUUGAUUAUCGUGAACCAACAGAUGAAAUCUUUCCACGCACUACAUUAUGCGAUGAACCUUUGAGACUUGCAUUAAGAAAUAAGCAUUAUGAUGUCGCACGUAUAAUUCUUGAACGAGGUGCUGAUCCCAAUAAACGUUAUUUCUUCGGAGCUGAGAUAAACUUGGCUAACGAUAUCGAAUCACUUGAACUUCUUUUGAACUUUGGCGCAAAUACAGAAACACGCGAUCGUUCAGGCUUAACACCAUUAAUGCGAUAUGUUCGCACUUCAAAUGGGAUGGAAGCAGUUUUAUUGCUUUUAAAAUACGGUGCAGAUGUAAAUGCAAUGGCUGAUGGUCGUAAUGACUUCAGAACUGUUUUGCAUUAUGCAAUUUUAUCGGGUAACAUGAGUCUUGUGACUUUACUAUUGAAACAAGGCGCAAAAGUUGACGUGACACCACCAGCACCUGAACCCGAUCGUGCAUCGCCACUUGAUUUGGCAAUUUUACGUGGCGAUCCAGCAUUAGUAAGAAUGCUUCUUGAGCAUGGAGCGAAUGUUAAUCGAUGCAGUCCCAUAAUUGGAUCGCCACUUCAUGUUGCUUGUGCUGAUAAGAUUUUGCAUCGAGUAGAAAUCCUAAAGAUGCUACUUUCAUAUGGCGCUAAUCCUAACAUCCGCGUCUAUGGCGAAAUGGGAUCAAACGCUACACUGCGUCCACCAUUAGCCGAACUUCUUGUCAGUAAUGAAAAUGUUCAACUUGAUGAAGUUAAACUUCUUCUCAAACAUGGUGCACGUGUCAUCAUGAAGACACAGUUUAGAGAUCCAGAUGGAUUGCUUAACUGUUUGACAAAUCUUACCGGCGACUCACCUGUUUUUAUUCACCUCCUUGAAUGUACGGAAGAAUUCGAUCCUUGCAUGAUUCGACGAAAUCCACAUCUGAAUUUACGUCAACGUUCAUUAUUAUUGGAAAAAUCAUCAACUCCACUCUCCCUUCAAUCAACCACAAGAAGCUUUUUCCGAAAACUCUUCGGCCGGAAGCUUCCUGAAAUGGUCCCCAUGCUUGAAGUCCCCAAAAUGCUUCACAAAUAUCUUCUUUUUGAGACUUACUGAUAGUUUACAUACUCUGAUAAAUAUUUUUUUGAUGUCUAAGACUUUAAUAAUUGAAUUCAUGAGACUUUAAUGAAACUGUAGCUGUUUGGUGAACUUUUCGAAAUGAAAAGUUUAGAAAUAAUUUUUUUUUUUGAUGUCAUUGGAAAAGUUUGAAACUUUUUCCGAUGGAAAACUUUGCUGAUCAAACAAAUAUCGAGUAGAACCAGUUGGUUGUUUGAUUUUUUUUUGGAAUUAAAGCACUCUUGAUACAAAUGAAGUGAGACACGUGCCAUGAGUCACUGUUAGACGUAUUGCGUUUAAAGAGUUUUGUGAGAAUAACUUGCUUUGAAUGAUCAGAGAAUAUUUGAUCAGACUUAAGAAAGAUAUUCUUAAUUUGUAGUUUUUAAACUUGUCUGUAAAAUCGAAAAUUGUGAUAUUUGUUAAGUGAAGCAUAAACGAUAUGAAGCAGGGAAAUCAUAAUUAGCCAAUCUUUUAUUGUCGUAAGCACACUUUAAGUAAACAAUAAACUUUUUUUAUAUUUUAAUAAACUGACACAUAAUUGUGCCGAAAGUUUGUGAAGAAAAAUAUUCUUUGAAUAAAGAAAAAUUCUUUUUUGUAUUGGAAUCUGAAGA